GCUCACGCACCCGGAACAAUGAAUUCCAGGAUGUCUCUCUUCGCAAUUAGCCCGUUCGUGCUUCCUGCCGCGGAAAAACUGGCAAAAAAACAAAAACCAUGGACGAGAUGAGUGAUUCGUGCCAACAAGACGGUUCUGCCUGUGUCGCUGUGUGGACGUGACUGCUUCUGCCAUUCGAAUUUGUUGGGAUAUAUACUCCUCCGCAGAAGAGGAAAAUGGCGGUCUACUUAGACACCCGCGUGGAAGAUUCGUCUUCGGCGUCAACAAAGACACACGCAGCCUGGCAUCGAGAUCAUCCAAUCUUGGCUGUGAGUGUCUUUGAGAAGGACACCAGUCAGGGAGCGAUCCGCCUGUUUUCCGACGACGGCACCGCGUUGCAAGGUGAGCUUCCGCGCAAGGAAUCCCUGCAGGUCACCUUCUUGUCCUGGCACCCGACCCUGCCCCUUUUGGCAAUGGGAUGGGAAAGUGGAGAGGUCUGCGUUUGGAACCAUCUGUCGAAGACAUUGCACGAACCGCAGACGCAACACAAAAGGGCCGUAUCCCGACUGCAGUGGAGUGACGGUGGGAGCAGAAUCAUCUCUAUUGAUUCAGUUGGGACCUGUAUUGGUUGGAAAGUGGACGCUGGGCGAGGCUCUUUGGGCACCGUAUUCUACCAUGAGCUACGGGACUCUCUUACGGACAUUACCUUCAGACACCGCUACUCCAAAGGCAACACCGAGAUUGGUCGCCUCGCCAGAGCGGCCGUUGAAGGGGACGAAGAGGCACUAAACCUCUUCUCGGAUUGGCAGAAGCUCAAGGAAGACGAAAACGCAAGAGAGGUCCACAUGUCCGAUUCCCACGACUUCUAUGUUGGUUCUACAACGGGUGUCAUCUACUUUGUCAGCGAGAACGGAAGCUGCGGUGAUGUGCUUCAAAUGGAUGGUGGUGUGGCGCGCCUGGUCCACUACGCCGCCAAGGACAUGUUGGUUGCCAUCACGGAUACGCUUGUCCUUGCGCAGUUCGCCAUUGCCGAAGAUGGUUCUUUAACGGAACAAAGUCGCGUCAAACUGAGUGGACACGGAGCGCGGGUCAGUGUUAUUUGGGUGGGUGAGGGUUUGAUCGCUGUCAUCGCUGGUGAGAGCUCAGCGAGGCUGCUUCACCUAGAGACUGGAGAAACAACUGUCUUGCUCUUACCUGAGGCGGAACUUAACGAGACGGUUUCUUGCAUAGUGGCCGAUAUGCUGGGAAGCUCACUGGCUGUUGGUACGAGCGCAGGUCGGGUUAUUGUUUGGAAACGCUUAGACAAAGACUGGAAACCGAGGCCAUCGAUUCAGCUGACGAAUUCUGUUAAGGAAUUGACGUGGUGUGAAUCUCGUAGGUUGCUUGGAACCAUAACGACUGAAGAUGUGUUCAUACUUUUUGAACAGGACGCCUGCUUUAACUUCAAAGACGGUCGUCUCGCGUUACAGAUGGCAGCCAAACAAGUGUUUGUCGAGACUGUUUCUAAUAGCAGUCACCUUUUGUUGCAGACAGAGAUACCGGUUAAAGGCUUGUUUGUAAGUCAGAACAACCUCGCUGUGUCUAAUGGAAAGCGGCUGCUUUUUUAUGAAGCGUUACCUGGCAGCAAGGUCGCGAAAUUCAUGGGGGGCGUGAACACAGUUUCUCCAUUGGUGGCCCUUCAUGAGACCAGUGCGUACCUUGUCGAAGAUGGAAAACUGCAGGCGAAGAGCUUUCAGGGCAUCCUCAAGCAGGCUAUCCACUUAGUGGAAGAGGAAGGAAAUGUCGUAUGCAUCGACAUUUGCGGUUCUUUCUUAGUACUCGGUAUGUCCAAGGGUUACAUUCGGGUCUGGGACCUCAGCCGACGAGAGGCUAAGCUGCAUGCAGGUCUCAAGACCCUAGCCACUUUGCUUAAGACUGAUGGCAACGAAUCGCUAAUGAUCAAGAGCGUCAAGUGCAAUUGCAAAGGAAACAAAGUAAGUGUUUUACUAGUAAGUGCUCAAACAGACAACGAAUCAAACCAGCAGGCUAAAGGACACCCCAUUCUCUACGUAUGGAAUCUGGACGAUGACUCCGUUUUCGAGUAUAACUUUGAAAUUGGGAAGAGUGGUAAUGAAUGCAACACAAAGCAAGCUGCAACUUGUAAAAGUUCAGAAGUAUGUGGACGUGCUCCAGUGUCUCAUUACUGGGAUGACACUGACCAAAGACUUCUUGUUUGCGAGGCACAGAUGCAAUUGGGAGGACGCUCCAAGUCGGCAGCUUCGAGUGUGAGUGAGCUGAGGAGAGCCGAAGUGGUCGUCGUGCCAAUGUUCGUGACAACUGAGCACGGGAUCUUGGUUCAGGACGUAUUUCGAUUGGACAGCGACAGAUUCCGCCUCAUGGGCGUACAAGUACCCCACUUCUACCUUCUUGGAAAAGAUGUGAUUGAUUGGCUCGAGCUAAAACGGUCUAAAUCCGCAUCGUCAUUGGUCGAGAAGGUUCCUGGCUCUAAGCAUGUCUUCCGGCUUCCGAUGAGGGACUUCGUUGGCUUGGAAGAUUGUGACAGCAGUGUUAGAGAAGCCAUUAUGACGUUUAGCUUCUUCCUGACGCUCGGUGACAUGGAUGAGGCCUUCAAGGCCAUCAAGGCGAUUACAAACCAAGCCGUGUGGGAGAAUAUGGCAAAAAUGUGCGUGCAGACAAAGCGGCUCGACGUGGCGAAGAUUUGUCUUGGUAAAAUGGGCCACGCUCGAGGAGCCUGGGCACUUCGACAGGCAGAGGAUGAGCCUGAAAUAGAAGCUCGAGCUGCCAUAUUAGCUCUUCAGCUUGGCAUGAUUCAAGAGGCCGAAGACCUAUUGGAAGCUUGUGGAAGGUACGACCUUCUUAUCAAGCUCUUCGAAGAUUCAAAUCAAUGGGAGCGGGCCAUACAAGUUGCUCAAACCCACGAUAGGAUCCGCCUACGUGCCACAUACCACAACUAUGCUCAGCAUCUUGAGGCUUCGGGAGACAUUGAGAAAGCCAUUCAGAUGUACGAAAAGUCGGAAACACACCUCUUUGAGGUGCCUCGGAUGUUGUUUGACGAACCCCAAGCCUUGGAGCAGUAUAUGCGGAACAGCAGAAAUAAGGACAUGCUGAAGUGGUGGGCUCAGUACAUGGAAAGUAUCGGCGAAAUGGAAGCAGCGUUACAAUUCUAUGAAGCAUCCGAAGAUUAUUUGUCACUUCUCAGGGUACACUGCUACUUCAACAACGUGGAGAAGGCAUGUGAAAUCGCUAAUGAGACCGGGGACAGAGCAGCUUGUUUCCAUUUAGCCCGCUACCUUGAGAACCAAGACAAUAUCCCCGAGGCAGUGCACUUCUUUAGCAGAGCGAAGGCCUACAGUAACGCUAUUCGCGUUUGCAAGGAAAACCAAAUGGACGAGCAGCUGUUCAACCUAGCACUGUUGGCUAACCAGAAGGAAACACUGGAAGCAGCGCGCUACUUCGAGCAGCGACAGGGGGCUCUAGAGAAAGCCGUGACCCUCUAUCAGAAAGGGGGUUGGUCUACGAAAGCAGCGGAGCUGGCGCUGCAGUCAGGAGACCUAGGGGCCUUGCAGCAAGCCGCCCAAGAACUUGGUCCUAAUGCCGACCCGAAUCUGGUUAAGACGACUGCGGAGCGACUCGCUGCCGUCGGUAAGCAAGACCAGGCGGUCUUGCUCCUGUCUGCAAGCGGGCAAAACGAGAGGGCGCUAGAGUUGUGCUUGCAGUCGAACGUUAUUAUCACGGAGGAACUAGCCGAAACGUUGAGUCAAAACCUGAGCAAGUCCGACAAGACGAAGUCAUCGAGGAUACUGGAGAAAAUUGCCGAAUGCUGCAUGAAGCAAGAAAACUACCACCUAGCUGCCAAAAAAUUUACGCAGUCCGGCAACAAAGUACAGGCCAUGAAGGCCCUGCUCAAAUCCGGAGACACGAGCAAGAUAAUCUUUUUUGCGGGCGUAUCGAGGCAGGCUGAGAUCUAUGUCCUAGCAGCUAACUACCUUCAGUCAUUAGACUGGCGCCAGAACCCAGAUAUUAUGAAACAUAUUGUAACGUACUACACCAAGGCCCGAGCAUAUGACCUCCUUUCUGGGUUUUAUGAAUCGUGCGCACAGGUAGAAAUAGAGGAAUAUCAAAACUACGAGAAGGCACUGGGCGCUCUAAACGAAGCACAAAACUGUCUGAUGCAGAGCGGGGAAAAUCCGCCAAAAAAGCUAGCCAGACUCCGAGCACAGAUGGAGAAUGUGCGAAGAUACGUCGCCACUCAGCGACUGUACACCGACAGUCCUUCAGAGGCGAUCGCUCAGUGUCAGGAACUGAUCCAGCUCAAUCCCGAGCCAGCCGUUCGACGAGGUGACAUAUUUGCGUUCAUGGUUCAGCACUACGUAAACAACAAAGAUUUCAGCGCGGCACGUGCCUGCCUGGAAGACAUGCAAGCGACGAUUCCGAACGUGAAUAUCUCGCAGUUUUUAGACGGAGAGGUCCUCAGAGCUGUGUACGGUUCAUCGACGAACCCGCGGGAAAUGCAGAAGUUUUCCCUGCUAGCGAAGCAGAGCAUGAGAAAUGGCUUGAACGGGUUUGAAAGUGACGGUCAUGAUAGUUCUGGAGAUGAGGUUGAAGAAGACGUGUCGGCCGUCGACGGUGGUAUUUGAGACAAGCGCGACUUUGAAGUGCCGACCAAGGAGGGAAGAGAGUGAAAGGAAAAGAACAAGCCCGUGUAACACACUUCUUUGUUAUUGCAAGCGUCGUUCCUAAUGAGAGGAGUUUGUCGGUCUCCUUUUGCAAUUCGCAGUCCGAAAGGUGAGGCUGGAAGGUUCGAUAGUGAAGUUCUAAUAAAAAACUUAAAU